AUGCUGUAUGUUUUGGACGUGCUCUAUGGAAUGCGCUACUGGACGUGGAGCGACGAAAUGCCAGCGAUGACCUCACGCUUCGUCGUUCGGAGUCGCAAAAAAAUCGCGUUGGUCGGUCGUCGUGGUUCGCAGGAGGACGGACUCGACAUAGCGACAAACCACGAUGCGAUUCGCCUCGGCAUAGUUAGAUGUGUCAUCCGAGUGACCUUUAACACUCGUCAUUUCUGGAGGCUGAUGCAAAAGCAGCUUCGCACAAUAUGCUGUAUGUUUUGGACGUGCUCUAUGGAAUGCGCUACUGAACGUGGAGCGACGAAAUGCCAGCGAUGA